GCUCAAUUAUGCGCUGGCUGUUGCUCACAUUCCGGCCUCUGUCGCGGGCGCACAUCCAGAUUAAAGCAAGGGAUACCCAAAAAACAACCAAGGCGGGUGAUUCGUUACGAACCAACCUCUCGUAAUCUACUCUAGAGAACCAACAUAAAAAGACAAAGGUGGGUGGUUAGGUAUGACUACUCACAGGGUCUUCCGCCCCUCCACCCCGAUUUCCAACUCUCAUUCCCACCUGUCACAUUUCGCAAAUGAUGAACAUUCUAACAUCGCCGCCAUAGAAGGAUUCUUCAAGUUACUCUCAGGGCAGAGCAUCGCCAUUACCAUCGUCCUAUAUUAUGCGACAGUCGCGCUGUAUCGGUUGUAUCUGCAUCCCCUGGCCCGAUUCCCGGGCCCCAAACUUGCAGCCGCGACGCGAUGGUACGAAGGCGACUAAGAUCUCUACCAGAACGGCCAGUACACCUUCAAGAUAGGAGAACUGCAUAAUGUUGGAAUAUUCAGGUGGCUAGUAUAGGGUGGCUGGUAACAUCCGCCCCACACCUGUGGCAUAUAUGUACUAUCUACAUCUCCAGUAGCUUCCACUAGAACUUAC